CAUGCUCUCUCAGGCUCUGCAGGCUGCGGUAGGGGGCAGUGCGGGGUUUUAGCGCAGUUUCUAAGUCUUAGAAGAAGAGAGAGAGCAACGUGAGAGCCAUGCCGAAGUCGAAGAGGGAUAAGAAAGUCUCCUUGACAAAAACAGCCAAAAAGGGUCUAGAAGCAAAGCAGAACCUGAUUGAAGAGCUCAGAAAAUGUGUAGACACAUACAGAUACGUGUUCAUAUUCUCUGUGGAAAACAUGAGAAACAACAAACUGAAAGAUAUCAGAGCAGCUUGGAAACACAGCCGUUUCUUUUUUGGAAAGAAUAAGGUGAUGAUGAUCGCACUCGGGAAAGGACCAACAGAUGAAUACAAGGAUAAUUUGCACCGGGUCAGCAAAUUUCUGAGAGGAGAGGUGGGCGUCUUGUUCACGAACAAAACCAAGGAGGAGGUCCAAGAGUAUUUUAACAGUUUCAAGGAGGUAGAUUACGCACGGUCUGGUAAUGUUGCACAGAUGGCGGUGACGCUGGACGAAGGGCCGCUAGAACAGUUCACACACUCUAUGGAGCCCCAGCUCAGACAGUUAGGACUGCCCACGGCUCUCAAAAAAGGAGUGGUGACAUUAAUAAAAGAUUAUGAAGUGUGUAAAGAGGGAGACACGCUCACUCCUGAACAGGCUCGUAUCCUGAAACUCUUUGGGUUUGAAAUGGCCGAAUUCAAAUUGAGCAUAAAGUGUAUGUGGAACUCUGAAUCUGGAGACUUUGAGAUGUUGGAUGGUGAUGAAGGAGACCAGAGAGAUCUUGAGGAGGAUGAUGAAGAGGAGGAUGAAGGGAUUGAAUAAACUGGAGGAGGAGUGUGUGGUCAAUGGACUUUUUCUCUUGGAUGUUUUAUAUCAGAUUGUGCAAGCAGACCUUCAGCAGCAGGUUAUAUAUCUGUGUGUUUUGUUUCUGGAGUGUGUGAUCCAGACUAACCGUUACCCAGCAAGUUCAGUUUUGUACAUCAUUGUGUUUUUGAUUCUUUCCUUAAAAUAUACAUCAAUAAUGGAGGUUAUCAGCUUCUGUGUGGAAUCCACUACCUCUGAUAAGAUAGAAAAAAAACAUAGGGCUGUUUGAAAUUGUUCACAAAACUGUCAGCUUCCACAUUUACAAAUGACAUGUAAUUAUUAAUGGAUAUUGAUCUCAAAAUGACUAUCAGUAAAAUAAAUGGUGGAUUGGAUAUCAGGGAAAAAAAAAUAGAUUAAAUCCCAUCCAAUCCAGAUGUCAUGUUAA